AUGUCAAUGUAUAGCCAAAGACGUAAUUCGUGUCAUGGUAACUGUCGAAACGUAAAUCCAACUUUAAAAGUAAAAACGAAUUCAGAACGUUUGUCAGCAACAUCCACAAAUGCAUUCAGCAAAGCAGCAAUCAGAAGUAAUCAUCGUGAUGUUUUUAUUCGUGCAAUCUCACGUUUCUUACCGUUGAUUCGGGUUCCAAACUGUGCUGAUAUAUCUGAUAGAUUUACAAUUUGUGCUCGUGUCCGACCAUUUCUCGAAGAAGAAACUCGGCGAAGCGACGUGUACGAAUGCGUCACUACAACUGAUGAUUCAGUGACUGUACACGCGGGAAACUUACGACUCAAUAGAUUCGAGAUUAAGCACACAACUUUCCAUCUAGAUAAAGUUUUCGGAAAAUAUUCAACCAAUCAGGAUGUUUACGACGUGGUUCGAAAAGUAGUUGCACAAUCAAUUCCCUCAAACGGCAUGACACCUUUUGAUUCUACGAUUUUCUUAUACGGAAAGACUGGCACAGGAAAAUCACACACUAUCAUUGGCAUUACCGAGCGAUUUGCGCAAGAUUUAUUUUAUCUAAUUGAAAACUCGCAAUAUGAUGUACGCAUUGGAAUCUCUGCUGUCGAAAUUGUCGCAGGUACAAAAGGAUUUAUUGUUUCAAAAGAUGAUAUUUGUGAUCUCUACAAUAAGGGCGCACUUGUCAACUUUCGCGAUGAUAUUCAUGGAACUGUACAUCUUAGAGGUGCGAAGGAAUAUGCAUGCGAUGAUAGUACUCAACUGGACAUGUAUAUCAAGCGUGCUAUGGCAAUUAGACGAACACAAGCGACUAAUCGCAAUGCAGAGUCAUCUCGAUCUCAUCUUAUUUAUUAUAUUCGCGUGCGCAGAGCUAACAAUAUCUUGCAAGAUGGUGACAUUAUUUCUACGAUCACGUUCGUUGACUUAGCAGGCAAUGAAGGCCAACAAGAUUCAUUAUAUCACAAGGGAAACAGCGAUCAGAUUAAGGAUUGCUCUUCAAUCAAUCGCAGUUUGUCUACUCUACAAGAUUGUAUACGUGCUGCAGCAUGUGAAUCAAAAGUGAUUCCAUUCCGUGGAAGUGUCUUAACUCGUGUUCUCAAAAAAUCCUUUUGUUCGAAAGAAUCAAAAACAGUUUUUAUCGGCACUAUAUCUGGACUGCCAAUGGAUACCGAACAGAGUGCCAUGACUCUGAGAUACAUAGGUCUAAUCAAAUGGGCUGUGGAAGAUUUUAUCGUCGAAGACACAGUCAAGUUAGAUGCUACAUGA